AUGUCGUCAUUCAAUCGUUCUUACGGCCAAUCGCCACCAUCUCCGCUUUCCAAUGGUGCUUUUGAAUCUAUUCAAGGCACUCCGAACACUGCAUUGACCGCGAUCUCCCCAGAGGACGGUCGAGCUCUGAAAGCCACGGUAGAGUCUCGCCCAUCUUCCGUCCAGUCCGCCGCCAAUCAACACGAUCCUUUCGUGACAGCCGGCACAGCAGGUAGAGGUUCGGCUCAACUUUCUGCAACUGCUUCUACGUUCCAGCCAUUGCAUCUCUAUCGACCUGCAGUAGGUACGCCAGUCACAGGAAAUCUCAUUGCAAAUGGAUCCGGAUCAGUCACCCUUAUCCCAGGUACCAUUCAGUACCUUGACAACGUUGUAGCAUCUCAGUCACCGGUUCGUGACUCCGAGAUUACCAACUAUGGUAAAUUCAGCACAGAUACUGGUGCCACGCGUUGCAUCAAAGUCACGGAUAUCUACCAGAAGGGUGACGUCCUUAGCUAUGUUCGAAAGUCCUUCGAGAAAUUGAACAAGGCUGGAGUCACCAUCACUGGCGGCAAGAGAGUAGAAUUGACCAAGAACAAUGUUGUCUAUAUUAGGAUGUCCAACAUAUACGAGGCCGCGAAGGUGUACACUGCAAUCAAGAUCGAUCAUGUCGAUUGUGCCGUGGAGUACAUCAAGGCAAAUGAUUUUGGCGGGGCCAUCAGUCCACAAUCCAGGACGAUAUACUCUGCUCAUGAGGGGCAAGUCAUGUUGACAGCCACCUAUCCUCCAAAUACCAACAUCGACAAGCAGGUGUUUGAAGAGAGUCUCCGCGAUUUGUUGUCCGUUGAAGGAGAGCUUUAUGCAUGGCAGAAGUUUCUGGCAACAGAAGCCGGUACAUUCCGCUUGUGUGCCGAAUUUGUUGAUUCCGCCAUGGUCGCUCGUGCAAUCGAGCGAUGUAACAACAAGAUCAUAGGGAAUGUUCUUGUCAAGUGCGAGAUGCAUACACCAGAUGUCAACAAGAAUCGUGGCACCUCGCGAAACAAUUCGGCACCGGUUGUGACCCCCACUCGUCGCUCUGCCCCACAGACCGAUAUUAGUGAUGUGCUUGGACAUAUGUCACUUCAAGCUCCUCAAACACCAGGAUUCCCCAGCAAUACUGGGUUGUACAACUCUGGCAGUCCCAAUCCUCAGGGCAUUCAGUAUAUGACCACGAAUCAUUAUGGUCUAUUACCAUCUAACACAGUCCCAUAUGUUAUGAAUAACAUGGGUAACAUGGGUAACAUGGGUAACUUGUAUACCACCCAACCUCUUGGAUUCCAACCAGGAUUUCCAGAAGGUCUCACGACCAGCCGACAAUCACAACUUAUCGAGCCUCCUUUUGCCUCCUUUGUUUCUCAGGGUUUCUCACCGGCGACGUACACUAAUCCCUAUCCUCAGCAAGGUGUUGCACGCUAUGCAACCAGUCCACAGGCCUAUGGACAUGAGUUGGGUUUCAUGAGUCCACAAACUCCAAACUCUCACGACAUUGCCCGCAAUGGAAAUCGUCGUCAGCUUCCACUUGUUAGGACACCCCAAGGACAACUUCGAGGCCGUGGCGCCUCUAAUCCUGCGGCUAGUCAUCAUAACCACGUUGAUAUCAGCAAAAUCAAUGCAGGUCUUGAUGUUAGAACAACUGUGAUGUUGAGAAACAUUCCAAACAAGGUCGACCAGGCGAUGCUAAAGAGCAUUGUCGAUGAAUCCAGUCACGGAAGAUACGAUUUCAUGUAUCUCCGAAUUGAUUUUUCCAACGAUUGUAACGUUGGAUAUGCUUUCAUCAAUUUCGUUGACCCCAUGGAUAUCAUCGAAUUUGUUGUCGCUAGGUCUAAUCAGAAGUGGCAUAGGUUCAAAAGCGAUAAGGUGGCUGAAGUUUCGUACGCUACAAUUCAAGGUAGGGAUUGUCUUAUCCAGAAGUUCCGCAACUCGUCCGUCAUGUUAGAGCCGUCCCACUACAGACCCAAGCUCUUUUUGACCAAUUUAGAUGGAGACAAUGUUGCGGGUAUGGAGGAUGACUUCCCAUCAUCUGAUAAUGCUUCUAAAUUGAAGAGAAGUUGCGAAAAUGCUGAACACGUUGGACUUUUCGCUCCCAGUGCUGGUCAACAUUUGCGUGAUGAGCAGCGCCGUCGUCGUUCCCAAUACGACCGUGGAACCAGCCUUGCUGAGCGUGAGGAAUAUGGUUUUGAUGAGGAUGAAGAAGAUCAUCGAAGCCCGUGUCAGCCAGGCUACUCACCAUAUUGA